UUCACCCGCUCCCUUCCCCCCUCAAAAAAGCGCUUCUCAAUCCAUUCCACCGCUUUUACCAGAAGCACUUCUCCUGUCUCUCAGAUAGGCCAUGGCGAAGAGGAAGAUCAUCUCGUCGUUCCUCGUCUUCUUCGGCCUCCUCGCCGCGCUUUUGCUUGCUACUAAAGCGAGCUCGGCUCGGUUGGGGGCCGAUUCGGAUUCGGUGAUUCGGAUGCCGACGGAGACGGAGACGAAGACGGAGAUGGAGACGGAGGCCGAAGAGGAGGACGAGAUCGGAACGCGGUGGGCGGUGCUCGUCGCCGGAUCCUCUGGCUAUGAAAACUACCGCCACCAGGCGGAUGUGUGCCAUGCGUACCAGAUAUUGAAGAAUGGAGGGUUGAAGGAGGAGAACAUCAUCGUGUUCAUGUACGACGACAUCGCAAACAGCCCGCUGAAUCCAAGGCCGGGGGUUGUCAUUAAUAACCCGAAAGGCGAAGAUGUGUAUGCAGGGGUUCCAAAGGAUUACACUGGAGUGCAAAUCACUGCUGAGAACUUCUAUGCUGUUCUUUUGGGCAAUAAAACAGCAGUCCAAGGUGGAAGCGGGAAGGUUGUCGAUAGCAAACCGGAUGACCAUAUCUUCAUCUACUACUCCGAUCAUGGCGGCCCUGGAGUUCUCGGUAUGCCCAAUUUGCCAUUUCUUAUUGCUGCUGAUUUUAUUGAGGUGUUGAAGAAGAAACAUGCGUCGAAUAGCUAUAAAAAGAUGGUUAUUUAUGUGGAAGCGUGCGAGAGUGGGAGCAUAUUUGAAGGUUUAAUGCCGGAGGACCUUGACAUAUAUGUGACCACAGCGUCCAAUGCCGAGGAGAGCAGUUGGGGAACAUACUGCCCCGGAAUGCAACCCGCUCCGCCGCCUGAAUACCUGACCUGCCUUGGAGACCUAUACAGUAUUGCUUGGAUGGAGGACAGUGAGGCCCACAACCUGAAGAAGGAAAGCAUUGCAAAACAAUAUGACGCGGUUAAGGACAGGACUUGCAACUCCUCGAUCGGUAUGGGGUCUCAUGUGAUGGAAUACGGCGACAAGAGCUUCAAGGAGGAGAAGUUGUACCUCUAUCAGGGCUUUAAUCCAGCGAAUGCCAAUGUUUCUGACAAUGGCCUUCAGCAUGGUGCGGUAACGGCCAUCAAUCAGAGAGAUGCCGACCUCCUAUUCCUGUGGAAAAGGUAUGAACAGCUGGAUGAAAGAUUAGAAGAAAAAACGGAAGUGCUUAGUGAGAUGAUGGAGAUGCUUAAACAUAGAGAGCAUCUCGACACUAGCAUUGAAUUUAUCGGAAAGCUUCUUUUCGGAAUACAAAGUGGUCCCUCCGUGAUCCGAGCUGUUAGACCGCCAGGUCAGGUGUUGGUUGAUGACUGGGAUUGUUUGAAGAGAAUGGUAAGAAUAUUCGAGUCUCAUUGCGGAUCGCUAACUCAGAAUGGCAUGAAACACAUGCGGGCGUUUGCGAAUAUAUGCAACAGUGGGGUUUCCGCGGACGCAAUGAAGGGAGCUUGUGUGAGUGCUUGCAGAGGCUAUAACUCGAUUAAAUGGAGCCCCGUAAGCCGCGGGUACAGCGCUUGAUUGCAAUGCUGAUGCAAAAUGUACUUCUCGCGAAAUAUACCUGCGGUAAGUUCCCUUUCUUCUAGUUUUAUGUGAAUAAACUCUUUAAUGUAUGAACCUGAUGUAAACAUGAUCGAUCACAUCCGAUGUUAUCGCGAACAGAUAUAUGAUCUUUAUGGUCGUAAUGUUUGCUAACUUGGCUCCUAGAAUGUUUGUUGCCUUCAAAUUUAGAUAUUAAAUGGAAGGGAAAUAUGGAAAUGUAUACCUCCA